AUGCCUCAACUGGCUAAGGUUCAUAUGGAGGGGUUCGAACAAAGUGUAAGAAUGGACAGCAAGUAUUUUAACAAUUCAUUUAGAAUCAAACCAUGUAUGUUUCUCAUUAGAAAUGGAAAGGUUGCCAAGUCAUGGAGACACAACUAUGCAGAUGCAUGUCCAAAUAUAAUCAAAGAUUUGGUUCUUCACAUGGAUAAAACAAUUGCAUCCCCAAUUUCAGAUUUGAUCAUUGAUAGUCUUCUUGCAAAUGCAACUGAUAAGGAAAAUAGUCAUUCAAAUAACCAUUCAAGUUCAGAAAGAGAAGUAAUGAUUGAAAUUGAAGGGGCCAGUCAGCAGUCAGCACAGCCAAUUACCACUGAUCAGGUCACUACGGUUAAUACGACUUUUGCAAAUAUGGGAGGAAUAAUGAAGAGCAUUGAAUCAUUCUUCUCAACUGUACCAAGAUAUAAGAUGAUUCCAGGAACAUCAGAUUUACAAUCACUAAGCACAGAAAUGAAACAAUCUUUGGAACAAGAUUCACUCAAUAUUUGUAAAUCAAAAGAAAGAAAUAUACCCAAAUCUAGAUCAUGUUUUGCAGCAGAUAUUGAAUUCUAUCAAAAUAUUGAUCCAAAAACUAUUGAUGUAAAUAUGAUUCUCCAAACAGAUCACUUUAGAAAAUACUUUAAGAUAAUGAGCUCAAAGGAAUAUAACUCUGAAAAUAUCAUAUUUUGGGAGGAUAUUAAUUUAAAGUACAAACCCCUUACUUCCAAGUUUAAUAAUUUCAGUAAGGCAAAAAUUGUUGCAGAGUCAAUUGGAAAGUACUUCCUUUUUGAUGAAUCUUCGAUAAUGUACGUAAACACAAGAGACAAAUUAAGGCAAGAUGUGAAAUUCAAAAUAUCUGAAAUAUUCUCUGAUAAAGUUGAGGAAGAUUUCUUCCUUUCACAAGCACCAUUACUAUUUGAUGAAGUACUGAAUGAAAUGACUGCUUCCGUACUUCAAGACAUGUUCAUAAGAUUCAGUGUGAGUGAUCUUUUCAGUGAAAUGAUUCAAACAAGAAUACACAAAUAA